AUGGGUGGCCUGCGCCGGCGACCCGGGCUGCUCUGGCUCGUCGUCGCCGGUUGCCGCGUCGCCGGCGCGUCGACGUCGCUCGUGCUCCACGUGGCGUCGCCGUCGGCGGCGCGGUCCUGCGCCGAGGUCGUGCGCCAGCUGGGCAAGGGCGCACUGCUCCGCGGCGGGCGCCUCGUCGUCGUCACGGCGGAGGCGGCGGAGGCCGGCGCGCCCUGGGUGGACCGCGUGGUGUCCCACGGCGCGCGGCUCAACGCCACGCUGCGCUUCGAGCCGCGCUUCGAGGGCCUGGGCCGCACGGAGCGCGUCGUCGGAGCGUUAGUCGCGGAGAUGGAGCGGUGGCUAGGCGCGCCGUCCCCCGACGGCGGCCGCGUCGCGUCGCUGGACCUCGACGUCUGGACGCCCUGCGGCGGGCUCGGCCGGCUCUUCGGCGAGCGCGGCGCGCCGCUGCCCGACGGCGCCGGGGGCGUCGUCGCGGCCGCGAGCGUCGAGCCGCCGCUCGGCCACGCGACGAACGCGGAUUUAGGCGUCGUCGCGCUCGCCUGGCCCGCGCAGUCGUCGCCGGGGCUCGCGCUGCAAUAUCGCAAAGCGCGCGACCUGACGCUGCGGCGGGCCGCGGACGCGCUCGCGGCGGAGCUCCGGCGCCACGCGACCGAGGCGCCCCUGUCCUACGGCGAGGCGCCCCCCGACGCCCUCGUCGACGCGCUCCGCGGCGUCGCGAACAUCGAGCACGCCUUCCUGGCGCCGGCGCUGCGCUGCGACGCCUGCGCCGAGGGCUGCGCGGGCGCCAGGGCAGCAAAAGAGAGCGAAAUUCCCAACUUCAAAGGCUCCUUUCUCGGCCGUUUUCCACUCGUUUUGGCUGACUUUUGGACGAGCGAUCAUCUCUCGGAACGGCCUCGAAGCGUGAAUGCUUUUCCUGGAACGCGCGCGCGCGGAACACUCACGUUAAAGCGACGUUGA